AUGGCAAUGGCAAUGUUCCUGGCGAUCGCGGCAUUCGCUGCUCCUGCCUUCUCCUGGAACCCGGGCUUCGCUGGUAUCCCCUUUCCCUUCCACGACGUGCCAGUCCCAUGGGAAGGUCAUGGCAGCGCCUUCGUGAAGCCCACUGCCGGAACGACAUGGAACAUUCAACUCAUCAGUCUGCCAUCGGUAGACCAGGCCAAUGAUCCAGCGUGUUCCUUAUGGGACUUCGAUAUGGAGGGGGCUGACAAGAAACUCAUUGACGCCUUCCACGCCAAGAACCAUUCGGUCGCCUGCUACUUCUCGGCUGGAAGCUGGGAGGACUUCCGCAAGGAUGCUGACGACUUUCCCAAAGAAGCACUUGGAAAGGUUAUGAAGGGGUGGGAGAACGAGAAAUGGGUCGAUACGCGCAACCAACAGCUCAGAGACGUUAUCAAGAAGCGGAUCCAGUCUGCUAAGAACAAGGGUUGUGAUGCUAUCGAUGCCGAUAACGUCGACGGCUACUCCAACGACACAGGUUUCGACCUCACCGAAGACGACGGCGUCGACUACGUCAAAUUCCUCGCCGGCGCCGCCCACGACCUCGGCAUGGCAUACGGGCUGAAGAACGCCGAAGAUAUCCUCGAGCGCGUUCUGGACGUCUCGCAGUUCUCUGUGCAAGAAGAGUGCGUCUUCUACCAGGACUGUGACAAAUUCCAGCCCUUCAUCAAGGCAAACAAGCCUGUCUUCAACAUCGAGUACCCCGAUGACAAGCCAGAUGAGUCGUUGAAAGACUUCGUCAAGGAGUCCUGCAGCGACGCAAAUGCCAGGGGCUUCUCGCAGCUGAUCAAGCAGAGGGACUUGGGCGAUUUUACAGAGACCUGCCCUUGA